GGGUUACUUGACAAUACUGUCCGGUAUUAUCAAAAUGAUUUUAGUUGUAUUUAUACUUUUUGCUCAACUGGUCGCAAAAAGUUGUGAAUCUGAUAUCAUCUUCAAAAGAAAGGUUGAGAAUACUGGCGAUGAAGACAAAUCUAGAGAAGGGAGGAUAAACAUUAUUUUUCCAGGAACGAAAUGGUGUGGAAAAGGAGAUAUAGCUAGAGGUGAAGAAGAUCUUGGGUUGUUCAAGAAAACCGACGCAUGUUGUCGGACGCACGAUAACUGUCCAGAUUUUAUGAAUGGGCACCAGACAGUGCAUAAUUUAACAAAUCCAAAUUUUUUCACUCGUUUGUCCUGCGACUGCGAUAUGAAAUUCUACAAUUGCUUGAAAGAUGCUGGUGGUCCAGUAUCUCGAGAUAUCGGAGUGCUUUAUUUCAACUUGCUGAAUACACAAUGCUAUAAAGAAGAUUUCCCUAUAAAAGGAUGCAGAAAACAUUCAUAUUUUCCACGAAAGAAAUGCCUGGAUUAUGUACUAGAUGGGAGUAAAGAAAAGGUGUACCAAUUCUUUGAUUUGCCGAGAUAUUGAAGUGACAAUGAUAACAUUUAGAGAAUGUAUUCCAAUAAUAACAAACAAUUUGAUGAAAAAUAUUUCAAUUUGACGAUAUGCUCAAAUUAUAAUCGACUUUCAGCAUUAAAAGAAAA